UCCCUGGCUGCUUGAAGAUCAAACUUCAUCAUGAAUGACACGGUAACUAUCUGGACCAGGAAGUUCAUGACCAACGGAUUACUUCAGCAGAAGCAAAUGGUCAUUGAUGUCCUUCACCCUGGGAAGGCAACAGAACCCAAGACAGAAAUUCGGGGAAAACUAGCCAAAAUGUGUAAGACCACACCUGAUGUCAUCUUUGUGUUUGGAUUCAGAACCCACUUUGGUGGUAGCAAGACCACCUGCUUUGGCAUGAUUUAUGAUUCCUUGGAUUAUGCAAAGAAAAAUGAAUCCAAACACAGCCUUGCAAGACAUGGCCUAUAUGAGAAGAAGACCUCAAGAAAACAGAGAAAGGCACGCAAGAACAGAAUGAAGAAAGCCAGGGGGACUGCAAAGGCCAGUGUUGGUGCUGGCAAACAGAAGGAGUAAAGAUUCUUUGGUGACUUUAUCUGUGAAGGUUGUGCAGAUUUUUCAUGAGAGGAUUGAUAAACUAUAAACUUAAAAAAAAGCAGAAGAGCAUUUAAAAAUGUAGAUUAAAGUCCUUGAAAAAAGUAUUUUUUAUAUUAAAACGAAUGUGAAAAGAUUAUGGAAUAGGAUGAGAUAUUCAU